GUCACGACUUUUCGCCACACAUACCCCUCUUGUUCUUCCUCUUUCGUCUCGACGGUAUAGAGCAAAGCGUCUCAUUCCCAGAUCACAGCACAGUCGCAGUCGACGUGUUUGCUACACCACCAUGCAGCUCGUCACCAAAGCCGUCGUCCUCUCCUCCCUCCUGACGGCCAGCACCCUCGCCACCCCUUCUGGCGAUGCUCAAGGUUCCCACGUUAUCACCCCGGCUCAAGCUCGAGCCUUGGUCGAACUGGUAGAGACCGCCCAGUCCACGGGACAAUCCAUCAAAGAGCUCAUCCAACCUCAGAAAAAGUCCCUGCUGGGUGAUAUAUUCGGAGGAGACGAUGGGAGCGAACCACGGGGGUAUGCUCCGUACAACGUCACCUGCCCCAGUGGGAUCACUUGGAACCGACCGGCCGACUCGCUCAGUACGGUAGAGACGGACUAUCUGAACCAACGACAGCCGGCCUUGGAUUCCGCUUGGCAAUCCCGGACGUCGGCCCAGGGUCUGACUAUGCCCUCGAGGACCCCCAAGGUGGCCAUGGCGCUCUCGGGUGGAGGGUACCGAGCCAUGAUCCACGGGUCCGGGCAGGCCUUUUUGCAGAAUACCACGGAGGGGAGCGUUGGGGACGUUUUGGGGUUGACGAGCUAUGUUGGGGGGUUGAGUGGGGGGAGUUGGGCGAUCAGUACGUGGAUGGCGAAUGACGGUGCUCAGCCGGAUUAUUUGGUCAGGAACAUCUGGAACAUCGACUCGAACCUCGUCGUCCCCGCCGAUGGCAAGUUCGACUUUUACACGAGCUUGAUCAGCGAGGUCAGGGAAAAGGGGGAUCAAGGGUUCAGGACUCAGAUCACCGAUUACUGGGGUCUGGCCCUGAGCGACCACCUCUUCCCGGAACCUUACCACUCGACCAACAACCCCAACUUGACCAUCACCGAUAUUCGAUCGGCACCUGCCAUUCAGAACGCUUCGCUCCCUUACCCGGUCAUCGUCGCCCUCGAGCGAGAACCGGGCGAGAUCGUCAUCGCGCUCAACUCGACCGUCUGGGAAUUCACGUUGGCGGAAUUCGGUAGUUGGUGGUGGGGAAGCGAGACCAAGACCCAAGGAGGGUUCACCAACGUCGAGUACCUAGGGACCGCCAUGGAGGCCGGUAACCCCGUCGCCGAGGGGGAUUGCGUGAGAGGGUUCAGCAACUUGGGUUUCAUCGCGGGGACGUCGUCGACGUUGUUCAACCAGGCUUUCGUCAUGCUCAACGAGAGCAAUUCGGACAGCUUGAUCACCGACGCCAUCACCGCCAUUCUCGGGGAGAUUGGACAGGCUUACAACGACGUGGCUGUCUACCCGAACUCGUUUUACGCUUGGCAGACGGACAACAACCCGAUCGCCGACUUGAGGAACAUUACCCUCGUCGACGGAGGUGAGGCCAACGAGAACGUGCCCUUGGAGCCCUUUUUGGUCUCGAGGCGAGGCGUCGAUGCGAUCAUCGCUAUGGACAACAGUGGGGAUACGACCUACUCGUGGCCGAACGGGAGCAGUCUCUGGACGUCUUACCAGAAGGGCCUCCAACAGGCCGAGCGUUACCAGAUCAACAACACCAUGCCCGUCGUCCCCUCGCCCCUCGGGUUCGUCAACGAUGGUCUGAACGAACGACCGGUGUUCUUUGGAUGCAACGAGACGGACAAGCCGUUGAUCGUCUACCUGCCCAACUACCCCUGGAAUGUCUAUUCGAACGCGAGCACCUUCCAACUCGAGUACCCCGUCGACAAUGCUGCCGCCAUCGUCGUCAACGGUCGAAGGACCCUCGAACUGAACGCCACCGUCUCCGACUGGCCUACCUGCUUGACCUGCGCGUUGAUGGACCGGGCCGCUACCGAGGGUGGCGCGGCGAGGAGCUCGGUCUGUCAGUCGUGUUUCGACACGUGGUGUUGGAACGGUCAGGACAACACGACCGAGAGGACGCAAGAGUACGAGCCCGUCCUCGGACAGUUGCCCAGGUUUAUUUCAAACUUGACCGGUAUGACCGGGACGGAGGAACAGCCUUUCCAGUCGAGGAACGCUGCGGGGUUUAGGUCCGGAUCGGUUUCCGCCGUCGGCGUCGCCAUGAGCGGUCUCGCCGCCGUCACCCUCGGAUACCUCGUCGUCUGAACUGUCUAGCCGACCUGCAUGCCUUGAAGAUCGCUCUCGUUGUGACCCUGUGGAACACGAGCUUUCGCUUCAAACUUGCACAACACAACAAUACCCCCCCAUAUAUAUGCG